AUGACUGUGACAGAAUUUCCACCGCUUCUAGUCAGCGAAGAAGAUUUACAAAAAUAUAAAGUUCCAUUGCGUUGGAGAGAUAGAUGUGCUGCUUACUUUGCCCUCUACCAAACAUGUUUGAUUAGGCAAUCGGCUAACUCAUCUGUAGAUUGCAAGCACGAUAAGCACUCUUGGGAGGAGUGUGAAAAUUUGGAUUUAAUAAGAAGACAAACGGAAUUGAAAGAGGCCAAAGAAAAAAGAAAGGCAGAGUUGAAUUAA